CGUGGAGCAGAGCUCAGCCUCCCGCCCCCUUCAACGCUUGGGUCUUGGGGGUGACACAAAAAGCUCCCGCUUGGUGCCCAGCGCGCACCGGGCGGAGGGUGUCCGAUCUGGGACGCGGAGGGCGGCGGAGCAGGUGGAAGGCGCCGCCUGAAGCGAAAGAAGGACGGGCCGGGAGCUGGGCUGCGGGAAGGGCCGCCGCCACUCAGCCGGCGCCGCCCCACAACCCGCGGCGGGAGGAGCAGGCGGCACCCGGCCCUCCGCGCGCGUGUGGCAGAGCGCGGCAGGCAGCGCGGACCCCCGGGAUGCUGCCCAGGGUGUUGCUGCCACCGCCAGCAUAGCAGAGCCCGAGCCCGCGGCCGAGAGAGGCUGAACAAAGCUGCGUCCCAAUCGUGCUUCCUGCUUGUCAGCCUCUUGCCUCCCAAAUGCAUAUGGUUCCCACUUGAUGUCAUCACGCAGAAGGGGGUGAAAGGGACGCGUGACAGAUUCAGGUAGACAUGAGGGGAACGAUGACCUGACCUGUCUGCGGAAUCUUACUCUUAGAGGAACAAUGCUCCUGUGGAUAUCCUACAAGUCAGUACAACAUCAAGGAGCAACAGAGUCAGUAUGGAUUCUUCCACCAGCCUGAGAAAUUAUCACAUGUAUGAACAAUAGAUGCCUGUGAGCCUGCUGAUUCUCUAGCAACCUUGAGAAGACUGACUCAGAGUGGUGACCUUUGAGAACCAGCUCUUUGACCUUCCUGUUGGCCCUGCAAGGUUUGGCUCUUGGUCCAUGAUGGAGACACUCUCCCAGGAUUCCCUGUUGGAAUGUCAGAUCUGUUUUAAUUAUUAUAGCCCACGACGAAGGCCCAAGUUGCUGGAUUGCAAGCACACCUGCUGUUCAGUGUGUCUCCAGCAGAUGAGGACCAGCCAGAAGGACGUAAGGUGCCCCUGGUGCCGUGGCAUCACCAAGUUGCCCCCAGGCUUCUCUGUAUCACAGCUGCCUGAUGACCCUGAGGUCCUGGCAGUCAUUGCCAUACCGCACACUUCUGAGCACACCCCAGUCUUUAUCAAACUUCCUAGCAAUGGGUGCUACAUGCUGCCCCUACCCAUCUCUAAGGAGCGUACUCUUCUGCCAGGAGACAUGGGCUGCCGUCUGCUGCCAGGGAACCAGCAGAAGUCCCUCACUGUGGUGACCAUCCCUGCAGAACAGCAGCCCCUGCAGGGUGGAGCUCCCCAAGAGGCCGUGGAGGAGGAGCCUGACAGACGGGGUGUGGUGAAGAGUUCCACGUGGUCUGGUGUGUGCACCGUCAUCCUGGUGGCCUGCGUUUUGGUCUUCCUCUUGGGCAUCGUGCUACACAACAUGUCCUGCAUCUCGAAGCGCUUCACUGUGAUAUCCUGUGGUUGAAGGCUGUCACAGAGAUGCCUUUUGUGGGUGCCAACUUAGGGGGUAAGCAGGUGUUGGCAAGGGGUCCCUGUGAUGGGGGUGACACUGACCAUUUGGUGCAAGCGCUGGCCUCCGAUUGGCCACUUGAUUCACCUGAAGACAAGAGCAGAGGGUGAGGUCUCAGCCAGAUCCCAGGAGAACUGUUUGGAGAUGGUGACAGCUGUGAAGAUGUGUGCAUGUUUCCUCAUAAUUGUGUAUUCAAUGGGCUGUAACUUAUGAUUUUCCAAAGUCGUUUUCCCAAGUUAGGCUUUUCUACUUAGACAAUGAAACUGUACAACUGUACACGUGGGUGCAACGAGCUCUCUCAAUAUGGUAGAUUGUAGGUUAAAACAGAUGCUGUGUGUGCAAGUAGAAUUAAACCUCAAAUCCAUGUUGAAAGAAAAAGAAACUAGUGAAGACACAGAGCUGGUGUGUGUGUGUGU